ACUUGCGCCAAUCCUAGAGUGAGCCAAUCCUAAGCCAACGUCAAGUCAACCGAGCAGAAGCAGAAGACGAGGGAUGUGCAACCGGUGCGAAGAGUUGCUGUAGCGUCGUGUACUAGUUAACGUUGGUUGCCGCUGAGAACCUUUAAACUUUCUGCGAGAAGGCAUAACGUAGUUAUAUUCCCUGGCCCGACCGUACAGUGUCUACGACGUUCGUCCGCGGCACCGUCGUAGUAGGAGUUUCGACCGCCGCAUUCUGCCAAACGCCGCAAUGCCGUCACCCAAGAAAGUGGUGCUCCUGGCCUGCGGUUCGUUUAAUCCGGUCACCAACAUGCACCUGAGGAUGUUCGAGGUAGCCCGGGACAACCUCGCUGGUCCUUCCAUGGAAGUGGUGUGUGGCCUGGUGUCCCCGGUGUCUGACGGUUACGGCAAGGCUGGCCUGGCGCCUGCGAAUCAUCGGUGCCGAAUGCUGUCCCUGGCUUUAGGCUCCUCCUCCUGGGUCAGGCUAGACACGUGGGAGUGUGAGCAGGAAAAUUGGACGGAGACGCGGCGCGUGCUGGACCACCACCGGCAGAGGAUAGCCAUUGAAGGGCUGCCCACGCAACCGGGCCCCAAGCGUCGACGAAGGCGGCAGAGCAACGACAACCUGAAUGAGGCAGCCUUGAAUGUUCAAGUGAUGCUGCUGUGCGGAGCUGACCUGUUGCAGUCAUUCCGUGUGCCGGGGCUUUGGUCCGAGCAAGACAUAGAGCAUAUCCUGACCCAGUAUGGCCUGGUGGUCGUGACUCGCUCUGGCUACGAUUUGCCACGAAUCAUCUACGAGAAUGACAUCCUAUACCGGCACCGGCGUCACAUUCAUGUGGUCACUGAGUGGAUCCCCAACGAGAUCAGCUCCACAGCAGUCAGGCGAGCACUGAAGCGGGGGGAGAGUGUCAAGUACCUCCUUCAAGACUCUGUGAUCGACUACAUCCGACAGCAUGGCCUGUAUGCAGAGUCUAUCAUGGACGACAUCAACUCGAACCACACGGAGGCAGAAGAUGGCCAGGAGACAGCCGUGUGACGUUUGCACUCGGUGCCCGGGCAGCACCUGCACCGGGUGCCGAGCGGUACUGCCACCGGCGUUAGCACCGAGCAAGUGAGAGCCGUGCAAGACCCACAUCGCUUGCAGUCGGUGGUGAUGGCCCUCUCAGAUCAUUGGCCCGUCACCAUGCUCGAAAACGGUGGACUGUUGCAGAACAGCAACAGAGGUUCCAGCGUGUGCGCGCCAUGUAUGACACUCGGGGACUCUGCCCUAGCGCAUUUCAUCUCCUGUUUGGUUCUCAAGGAAAAAGCUCGAUCGUGCGAACCUGAUUCCAGCCAGUGACCCCAGAGUGCAAUAACUCGUGGGGCUGUUGUGAUGGUGAAUGUGUUUGCAUUCGCAAGCUUGCACUUUCAGUCAUGCAGAUGCUUUAACAGCUGUCAAGUGGAAAUGUCCUGCCACUUGGCAUCGAUUCACAUUUCCUCUUGCAUCAAACUGGAAAAUGCCUUUUUUUAUUACGGGAAAUAUUGCCAGCAAGACUGUUGGUUCUUACUUCAAAUGUGUUAGGAGUCGCAGCCUGACACUUUUUAACAUGUUGACUGAAGCUGAAUUAGCUUUCAAAUGGGAACGCAUCACCAAUAAGUAAUGAAUAACACGUGGAGCAAUAAGGUGCCUGGUGUUCAUCAAAGGCACUUGCCAGCAGAACCCCCCUGUCUCUGCUGCAGUCUUUCACAGGGGUGUAACCCUGUACAAUUUUGGUGACACAAGUGACUAAGUGCCAGAGUUAUUUAAAAAAGCUGGAGAAAUGGCUCCAUCUGCAGGGCUUAGUGUAGAUGCUGAGUAUUUAUUGUAGCGAACCAACUACUUACACAGUUCCUGCAUUUUGCUGUAUGCAUUGCUCUGAUGUGCAAUGAGCUUUUCGGAAAAAUUGAAGUAGGAGCCUCAUUGUAAGCUUCUCCUGUCAUUGUGCAUUGCACUAUGUCGGUUGCAUGUUGGCGCACAUAAUGUAUCUUCUGUGGGAUGCUCUGCGGUGUCUUAACUCGUGUUGGAGAAUUUUGUUCCUCAUCCUUCACCUGAUGUAGUUGAGCUGGCUGUGUGCACUGUAGAUGCAUCUUCAGUGGGGGCACAUUAGUCCUGUUAGGGGGCACAUCAGGCAAAAGCAUAAUAGAAAACGCACAUGCUAAGAAAGGAGUACUGCAGCUACUACAUGAAUCGUGUAGUCUCUACUAGUCUUGGAAUUGCACAGCUCUAGUGCAAGUCUCACAUAGUGCUGGGACACAUCUGUAAGGAUUGUUUGCACUUGUCUCUAAUAAACUGAAACAAAGGGAGCUUUAUAUUUGCCCCUUUGAUUGCACAUGACUACUUGGGGAUUCAGCUUUGGCCAGCACUCAAAUGUUUAAUGCUGCAUUCUGUGACAUCACUAUUUCUUGUAUACUGGUAGUUUCACUAUUCUAUUAAGGCUGCAGCAUUUUGCUGUGAAAUGUAACUUUCUAGUUGCUUGAACUUCUAAGGCUGGUCCAAGUCUUGAAAUAGUGUAAAUAAUGUUUUAGGCACAGCUGCAAGAAAAGUUCGACAGGGCUAUACAACCUUGAACAGAGAAAGCAUGGUCCUCAACUUAUGGCGGAACAUUGGGAGAAGUAAGAAAUUAAGGGGUGUUGGUUACGGUCAGUCCUACUGCGCUCUUGCUGCAGCAGGUUGUGUAGGCGGUGCACCUUGUAAUUCCUGCAAAUUUCACAAUCUGUAAGACCACUUAACUACUUGUUGGUACUUUGCCAUUAUCUAGAUGUGAGAAUUUCGCACCCAUUGAGGCGUUAAUAGCACCUAGGCUUGGGUAUUCAUCCCUUGGAACAGCAGCUGCGAGCAUAGGAUUUUCCACAGUACUCUACAAGCUGGAGAGAACUACACUACUAAGAGCUGCUUGGUAACUGCAACUCGCAGAUUGCAAACUUGAGUAGUUUGUCCCAUGCAGCAUAGUUGUCUUCCCACCAUUGAAAGGCCAGAAAUACAGAGUGAGUGUAGCCAGCCGAUGACCUUGCAAAUGUUAAAACACUGUGGCACUGUCUGUUGAGGUCAUUGCCUUUGUUGCUAUUAAUUCUCUGUACUGGUGCAUUGCUCGUGCUCGAUCUGCUGUUCAGCAAUGAGCGAGCCAUGAGCGCCUAAUCUUCACUGAUCCACACAUGCAGUCUUGUGCAUUGAGCCAAGUCAUCCUCUGUAAAUUUUUAUAUUUGACAUUUCUCUCUGUUUUCUGGAAGGUAGUCUGCCUCAUUACAUAUGUAAUGUGCAGCAAGUGAAUGUUGAGGGAAAAUUUAUUUUAAUUAUUGUUUUAGAUUUUUAUCAAAUGAAGGAUCGGUUUGCUGGAAACAAGUCUCUUUCUUCAGUGACAGCCUUCAUCUUUCACUUGAUUAUUUUUUUGACACCGCUGUGUUAUGGCUUUUGCAUGCUGCUUUGACAACAGUGUGUUGUUUGAGCUGGAGAUAAGUGUCUAUAGGAUAUUAAUAUAUGUGUUUUAACCAUGUUUUCCUUUUUUCUAGACAGGCUCAGAUUGUGUUGGGCUUUAUUUUAGAAGCAACUGAAUAUCUCUGCAUGGUGUUGCUUGGCACAUGCUACUGAAACCUUGAUGAAAGCGUGUUAUGGGAUGUAUGGAAAAAAAUAACUUAAAUAUGCAUGAUGUUUAGUGCUGUGUUUGUUGUUGGGUUGAAGCUGGAUGCUUGUUCAGAGGUUUUGGAUGGAUGAAAUAAAAUGCCUGUUCCAUGA